ACAUAACGGACUAAUGUCACCGCAAGUACCGCGUGUGUUUGUUAUUGUUUUCAAGGUGUUGAUUUGUUGUCUGUUUUAAAAAAAUUCAUAAAGAAUUAUCAUUCAUCAGUCGUCGAAAACUUCUACGGCAAACAAAAUGGAACAGACGUCCAAAUGGAAAACAACAAUACUACCAUCAAAGAGUAACAUUAAUAACGAGGAUAAAAUCAAGUUUAGCAAAACAGCCGUUCGAAAACGUAGUCGCGACUUUGCUCAUCGUCAGUGUCGAAUCAUAGUUCGAAACCUUCCCUAUAAAGUAACUUCAAAGAAACUUCAAGAAGAGUUUGAAAAAUGCGGCACUAUCGAAGAUAUCAACAUUCUUAAGCGCUCUGAUGGUAAACUUGUCGGAUGUGCUUUCUUACAGUACGAAAAAAAGGACCAAUCUUAUAAGGCCGUUACAAACAUGAACGGCAUGAUAUUCAUGGGGAGAAAAUUAGAAGUUUGCUAUGCGCUGCCCAAGGAAACAUAUAAAAAGAUGAAAACUGAGACAGAAAUCAAAACUAAAGAAACGAAACUUGACCACGAUGAAGCUAUUGAAACGGACAUUAAGGAAAAAAUUAAGGAAGAUGAAGAAUAUGUGCAAGAUAUAACUGAGAAAAGUAAAGAGUUAGGAGGAAUCCAUAUAAAUGAAUAUAUCAAACCACUGAAGUCUGAUCGACAAAAUAAACAUACAGAAAUUGAAGAAGGUCGCACAGUUUUUCUGAAAAACGUUUCUUAUGACGCAAACGAAGAUGAUAUAAAAGAUGCUUUGGUACACUUUGGAACAGUAGAAAAAAUCCUAAUUAACAAAGAACGAGUUUCCGGUCACUCUAAGGGUACAGCUUUUGUGAUUUUUAAAUUGAAAGAAUCGGCUGAUAUGUGCAAAAAACAAAGUCUUAAAGUGCAAGUGAAUAACCAGUUUAUUGAAAUUGUUGAUGCUCUUAAAAAGAAAGAAGUAAGAGACAUCGAAAGUCGAAGGAGUGAAAAAUCUGGAAAGGAUUCAAGAAACCUCUAUUUGUUGAAAGAAGGACUAAUCAUGGCUGGGUCGGAAGCAGCUAAAAAUGUGUCGAAAACUGAUAUGGCACAGAGACUUAGACUAGAACAGCGUUGUGCUCAAAUGUUAAAAAACUUGAACCGCUUCGUUUCGCGUGAACGACUAACAGUGCACAAUUUACCGGAAAGUUGUACUAGUUCCUCUCUGCGCACUAUAGUUCAACAGCAUACGGGAAUGAAUCCUCAAGAAUGUCGUGUGAUGCGGGAAAAUAAUUCUUCGUUCGGGAAUCCUUCUGGAAAAUCACGUGGUUAUGGCUUUUUGUCAUUCAAGAAACACGAGGUCGCUCUGGAUGUAUUGCGGAAACUGAAUAAUAACCCAUUGGUGUUUGGAAAGAACAACCGACCGAUUGUUGCAUUUAGCAUCGAAGACCGGAAAAUUCAAAACAUCAAAGAGCAGCGACUGCUGAAGUCACGACUUAAUAACCCUACAUACCAGGAAAAACUAAAAAAAAUAAACGCAAAGAGACAAGAAAGAUUACAAAUUAAAAAACAGCAAAAGAAAAUGGCUUCGGAGCAAUUGGCGAUUAUGCCAAACGCAACAUUAUCUAUACAAAAACCUAGGAGAAAUGAAAAUAAAAUAAGCAAAAAAGAACGAAAACGAUCCAUUCUCAAAAAUAUCGAAGAGUUCACUGGUGAAAUUUCACGUCAAGGUAAAAUAGGCAUUCGAUCUAAUCGAAAAAUUAAUACACAAGCGGAUGCGCAUAUGGAGAGGUUAAAGGCAGAGAAAAAAGAUGCUCGUAAAAAAAGAGUCAAGCAAGAGCACGAGCGAAACAGACAAUUGAAAGCUGCGCGUCGCAUUAAACCAAGGCCAGCAAAUUCAGCGGAACUUCAAAGAGAGAAUCAAUAUUUUCAGGAAACAGUAGGCAAGUACAAGGAAAUUAUCAACCAAGCGAUAGUUAAAAACAAACGUAGUAAGUGGUAUAAAGGAUAAUACUUUUUGUAAUGAAAUAAACAUAUACUGAACUAA